AUGUGGACUAUUUUUGGAUUGGAAACAACCAAGAGAAACACCAUGGCUAAUAUCCACCCAACUGAAAACAAUAUAUCUACCAACACCAAAAUGCACUUUACUAGUCUUGCCGUUGUGCUCGCUGCCUGCAGCACCCUCACUGCAGCCUUCGACCCACGCGCCGCUCUCGCAAAGCCUGACCCUCAUGCCGAGGCUGCUGCCGCCCGAACUCGCUGUACUACCUUCCUGAGCACCGUUGUUGCAACUAGAACAAGGGGUGAUGUCGACACCUCCACCAGCACCAUCCUGCUCUUGAAACCGACCGUCACAACCAUCUACGAAACCAUCACCAGCACCUCAACCUAUCUCGUCACCAAUGACAGGACUCGAGAAAGGACUCGUACUGAAACCGUAUCGCACUCCGCCCUAGAUAUUUUACAGAUAGAGCUUGCGGCCUUUGUCUCCAGGUUUAGGGAUAAUAUAUUAUCUGCUACCGAGUGGUUUUGUUUCCCCAUCCCCACCUCAACAAACCGUUGUACCUCCGACUCCGCCACGAAAAUGAAUGAUACUGCUUUCAGAUCCAAAUUCUCUCAUCUCACAAUUCUUUACCAACAUCUUCCCUUCAUCACGGACCAACCUACCCCUACUCUUCCCUAA